CCCGCCGCACCAUCAUGUGACAUAGGGGCGUCACGUGACACGAGGACGAGCCGUCUCGUGCGGCUCAGCUAUGGCGGCGGCGCGGCCCAAGUCACCCCGAAGCCCACCACAUACUUUGGAAGAAACUAAUGUUUUAAAUGGAGAUUUUCUUCCAAAUGAAGUCGAUUUGGAAGACAAGAAGAAGAUACUUGUUUUGCCAAAAGCGGAAUGGGAAAGGAUUCAGGACAGUCUUAGCAGCAGACCUAGAGAAGUGGCACGAAUCCUUGCUGAGAAGAAAGAACGAGAAGAAAUGUGCUUACGCUCCAAAGCUGCUGUAAAAGACUGGCCCAAUACCUUUGCGAGCGUGACACAACAGAGACUGAAAGCCAAAAAAUUACGUGAUGAAAGGAAAGAGGAGGAAGAGAAGUUACUUGAUUUGGAAGAAGCACAGUUCCAGGCAGCAAAAAGGAAGGAGAUUAUUGAUAAAGCAAAAACCUACCUGUUCUACGAGAGCGAAAGAGUGAAAGGAUUGCAUAGUGCUCUUCUACUUGCUGAGGUCCUAAAAGAAAGAGAUGCUCAAAUUGAAUUUAAAAAGUUAAAGUCAGACGUUAACAAAAAGGAGGCUGAAGAAAAGGAACGUGACUAUAAAGAAGCUGUUCUCAGAGAGCAAGAAAAGGUACAUCAACGUUAUAUGAAUGAACAGGCACUACGCAGAGAUCAGAUGGAACAAAUAAAGGAGCACAAGCGUCAGGCAGAUCUGGUCAAGCUAGAAGACAAAAGAGAAGGGGAAGAACUACAGAGAUUGAACCAAUUGUACCAAUUGGAAAUUCAGAGAAGAAUGGAAAAAGAACAGGAGGAAAAGGUUGAACGCCGGAGGCUCUAUCAUGAGCAUGUAGCUGACCAGAAAAUAAUGAAAGCAAUAGAGGAACAGAAACAAAUGGAAGAAGAUGAUCGGAUUAAAGCUCAUUUUAAAGGAAAGGAAGCUAUUGCCAAGCUGGUAAAAGAGAAGGAAGCUGAAAUGCGUAGACUAACACAGGAAUAUCAGGACAAAAUUGUCAGCCAAUUAGCUGCACAAAUGAGUGAGGCAUUAAUGAAUGAAGAUGAUCGUCUUGCUAGAGACAUUGCAAAAAAAGAAGCUGAACAAGAAAAAACCCGCAAAGAGAAUGAAGCAAAAAGAAAGGCUGCUAUUGAAUCUGUUACUGAACACAGAGUCAUCAUGGUGAAAAUGAAAGAGGAAAAGGAGAAAGAAAGAAAAGCACAGGCUAAAAAAGAAAUCCAAGCGUUAAUGGAAGAUGACCGCAUCUACCUGGAAACGGAAAAAGCCAAGAAACAAAGACAACGUGACGCAAGCAUGGAAGUACAAAAAAUUCAGAUCCAGCAAAUGGCUGAAAAGCAGGCAAAAAAACAGCGGGAAAAGCAAGCAGACCUGGACUACAAUGCUCAGAAAGAGGCUACUGCACUUUGUAAUGAGCGUGAAUUUCAGAGCUACGCAAAGCAAAUAAUUGAAUCAGAAUCCAAGACUACACAUCAUCUUUAUCCUCUUCUUAAAGCAUCCAAAGAUACUAGUAAAGGACUUGGACACAGGCCGUUUUCCUGAGGAAGAGAAGGAAAAAAUGCUAGUCUUCAAGCACAGGAUGGUGCUGGGACCCAGUUACCUGGUACCCAGUUACCUGUACUACUGCUCAAGAAGUUUAAAAACAUGAAAUAAAGUUAAGACUAUGCAGCAAGGAAAGGUAGAAACAGUUUUCAUGUGGUUAAAAAAAUAUCUUUUUGAACCUUAUGGACAGACUUAAACAGUAAGUGAUCUACGUCAAAUAGACACUGGAUCUGGAAGUCCAUUUGGAAAAAAAUGAUUGCCAGAGAACCAGUUAUAGUCUGAAAAAGCCCCAGUGUGUGUUUAAUGAAAGUUAGUUUAAUGAACUUGAGACAAGAAUGCACGAUGUAUAAUUAACCAUCAAUGUAACCCAUUCUGGCCAAAAGUUUUUACUGUUAUAUUAUUUAUUGGUCUAAAAAUUCACCAUCAGGUUUUUCAGGUCUGGGAUAUGAAUUCCCAGGCAAAAGUUAAUAUUUUUCACUAGCCUGCUUCCAGUUAAGUAUUCGCCAUAAUAGGAAAGAACUGAACUGAAACAAGUCCAAGUGCAAGGUCCCACACCUGAGUCAGAGCAACCCAUGGCUUCAAGACAGGCUGGGUAACAACAUGAUUGAGAGCAGACCUGCGGAGAAGGAUGUGGGAGUGCUGGUUGGUGAGAAGCUGGACACCAGCAGCAAUGCACGCUUGCAGCCCAGGUGGCCAACCGUAUCCUGGGCUGCAUCAAAAGAAGUGUGGCCAGCAGGUCAAGGGAGGGGAUCCUUCCCCUCUGCACUCUGCUCUCCUGAGACCCCACCUGGAGGACUGUGUUCUGUUCUGGAAUCCCCAAUGUAAGAAGGAUAUGGAACUGCUGGAAUGGCUUUAGAAGAGGCCACAAAGAUGCUCAGAGGGCUGGAGCACCUCUGUUAUGACAACAAGCUGAGAGAGUUGGGGUUGUUCAGCCUGGAGAAGAGAAGGCUCCGAGGAGAUCUUGGAGCGACCUUCCAGUACCUAAAGGGGCUACAGGAAAGCUGAGGAGGGACAUUUUUUUACAAAGGCCUGUAGUGGUGGGACACUAGGGAAUGGCUUUAAAUCGGAAGGGGGAGCAGAUGCAGGGCAUGUGGGGGUGAGGCAGCCAAGGGGACCCCCACUCUGCGGCGUGGGCCAGCCAGCCUGUGACUACAGGACUCACUGCUUGUAAACCUUCAUUUGGGAUCCUCCUAGCAUUGUGGUCAGGCAGAAAACCUGCCUCUCCUUACCCUCCCUGUCUUCUGUGGCUCUUUUCUCCAGACUCAAAGUCAUCUGUUGCUGCCAACACUGUCCAUCCUAACAAACUGAAUAAGACAGUUUCUGUUCUAGAACAGAGAGCAAGUGGCUUGUCCCCCUAGGGCAAAACGCUAAGAACCUAAAAGGGGGGGAAAAAAAACAACAGCAAAAGCAAGCAGAUUUGGACUAUGAUGCUCGGAAAGAGGCUGGUUUUCAUAACGAUCAAGCAUUUUAGUAGUAAAGACAGUGAGUGAGGAGAACCAUUAUACAUUCUGAGGGCCUGAAAGGGUCAAAAGCAGAAUGAUGAAGCCAGAGGCCUUGAGAGCAGUAUUCUGUAGGGCCUGAAAGGGUUUAUAACAGAACACUGUGCUGAGAUCAAAAGCUGCUCCUCCUGGAAGGGAGGAUGUGGACACAGAGGUUCUUGGCAAUAUAAUGGGUUUCUCCCCAUUCCAGGGCCCAAGUUAAAUGUAUACACUCCAGGAACACCUGCAGAUUUAGUUAAGGAUGUUAUGUGAACUCUGGCCAGACAUGUAGACCCUUGUUUGUAGAACUUAUAGAGCCUGCUUUCUCACGACAAGAAUAGUAAUAAAGUAUGUAAAUAGUG